CCGCAGAGCCCCCGUCAGCCAGAGCCCCCGCCAGCCAGAGCCACCGCCAGCCAGAGCCACCGCGCCAGCCAGCCCGCCCGAGCCAUGGACCGCCCGCAGAGCGACAGCUUGCCCCAGGAUCUGUCCGAGGCCUUGAAGGAGGCCACCAAGGAGGUGCACGCCCAGGCAGAGAAUGCCGAGUUCAUGAGGAACUUCCAGAGGGGCCAGGUGACCCGGAAGGGCUUCAAGCUGGUGAUGGCGUCCCUGUACCACGUCUACGUGGCCCUGGAGGAGGAGAUCGAGCGCAACAAGGACAACCCUGUCUUCGCCCCGCUCUACUUCCCUGAGGAGCUGCACCGCAGGGCGGCGCUGGAGCAGGACAUGGCCUUCUGGUACGGGCCGAGCUGGCAGGAGGCCGUCCCCUACACGGCAGCCACACGCCGCUACGUGGAUCGGCUCCAGCAGGUGGGGCGCAGGGAGCCCGAGCUGCUGGUGGCCCACGCCUACACCCGCUACCUGGGCGACCUGUCGGGCGGCCAGGUCCUCAAGAAGAUCGCGCAGAAGGCCCUGGACCUGCCCAGCUCCGGAGAGGGCCUGGCCUUCUUCACCUUCCCCAACAUCGACAGCGCCACCAAGUUCAAGCAGCUCUACCGCUCCCGCAUGAACACUCUGGAGAUGACCCCCGAGGUCAGGCAGAGGGUCACCGAAGAGGCCAAGACCGCGUUCCUGCUCAACAUUCAGCUGUUUGAGGAGUUGCAGGAGCUGCUGAAGCAGGACCCCGAGGACCAGCACCCCUCACAGGCAGCAGGCCUUCGCCACCGUGCCAGCAGCCGGCUGCAAGACUCCAUCCCUGCGGAGCAGCCCCGAGGGACACCCCUGCUCAGCAGCCUCUCCCAGACGCCACUCAUCAGAUGGCUCCUCACUCUCAGUGUCGUGGUGGCCACGGUUGCCAUGGGGUUUUAUGCCUUGUGAACCCAAGCAUGCUGGCCCCUAGGGCCAUGAACUGUCCAGCGAGGGCCUUCCUUCUGGAGAAGGGGAAUAUCUUGGGCAUCGGAGGCUUCAGGGGCUCCAAUCCUGUCCUCGUCCCUCCUCCCCUGGAGGCCUCUUCAGCGACUGAAAGCACACCCAGCGGCCUCACCUUCCAGACCUGGCCCCCCGGUUCCUGCAGGAGAACUGGCCACAAGUGGCCACUGUCGACCCUCCAGUGCCCUUGCUUCAGUGUCUGACAGUGGCCCAAUCACUUUUCCGUGGGCCGAGGCAAUUUUUAUAUCCAUGUGCAGAGAGUUGUGUCGUGUCUGUGUUGGAGCCGGGCUGCUCACGUUCAGCCUGAGCUGUGGAAUUUUGUUCUGUUGUUUUUAUAACGGGGUUGGGGGGUGUUUGACAGCCCUGUGACCUUGGUCUCUGUAAUAAUAAAUGACGCUGUCUGAUGUUUCCA